UGGCGCUGUAAGCAAUAAAACUGCUGCCACGCGACAAGCGCUUACCGAAGAACACAAGAGAGCUGCCAUCCGUUUUAGAUUACAUUGAUUUGUUUGGCGAAGAUUUUAGAAGUAGUAACUGCCGUUUCAUAUUUAAAAGUAAAAUGCAGUAAAAUGGCCGCGAAUCCACCGGGACAAGUAGGAUUUCAGAACAAAAACAGGGCUGCUAUUCUAGCUGAGCUGGAUAAGGAGAAGAGACGUCUGAUACAGAGUCAGUCUAUGAAUAACCCAGGAGCCAGCAUUCCCCUCUCUCGACCAGCAGUAAAUAAAGAGUUCAGGGAUCAGGCCGAACAGCAGCACAUUGCAGCACAGCAGAAAGCAGCUUUACAGCAUGCACAUGCACAUUCAUCCGGCUUCUUCAUCACUCAGGAUUCUUCCUUCGGUAACCUUAUACUGCCUGUGUUACCAAGACUCGACCCGGAGUAAAUAAACAAUCAGCUACAUAGACUGACUUGCUGUUUUGUAAAAACUUGCUACUCAAAGCUGUAAUGUGGUUAUGCUAGAUGACUUUGGUUUUUCAUUAAUGUAAAGGUUUCUGAUUUUUAGAUUGUUAUAUGCUAGGAAGUAUUUUUUCAU